AUGUCAAGAUGUCCCAAAGGCUGGUCCUCCGCCUCGCUGUGUGUGGGCAAGGCAAAUGGCUUUUCCAGGCAGUGCUGGGGAGAGUGGCACUCGCUGGACCAGAGAGCUGCUGCCCCGUCCCACUGCUGCCCCCCUGCCAGGACAGCUCAGCCAGCAGCUUCCCUUCUGCAACUUGGGAUUUCCUCCAGAAGAGCACCCGAGGCAGCUCCUGGCAAGGGAGGAUGGAGCCAAACGUGCAUCUCGGUGCCCUGCCACCCCGAAAAUGCCACCACCCAGCCCAACACCUCUUCUGAAAGCACCACUGACCUCUUGGUCACCUCUUUGCUCAGCUGCAUCCUGGCCACCAUGUGCACAGUUGGGGUGAUGCGAAACAUCUACACAUUGGUGGUCACUACCAUCCCGACGAGGUGCACCAGCUCCGUGUACGUGUACAGUGUCACCUGGGCCCUGGCCCGUCUCCUGCACUUACCCACCAUCCUCUGCGUGGUCUGCAUGUACUGCGUGUGGGACUGGUACUUUGGAGACUUGGGCUGCAGGAUCCUCUUCAGCCUCAACCUCCUCACUGUGCACACCAGCGUCUUCAUCCUCACCAUCACGAGCACCGAGUGUUACCUGGCCAUCACCAGGCCUCAGGACACCCUGCGCAGGUCGAGUGACCACCAGCGGGCAGUCACCUGCCUGGUGUGGCUGGUGGCCUUCCUCCUCACCCUCCCCACUGUGAUCCUCACUGACCUGCGCACCAGCCACUGCAACAGGGUGACAAUCACCAUCCUCUUCAACACCUGCAUCCUCACCCCAGACAUCAUCAUCUGCUGCUUGCACACCAGUCUGGCUAGGACCUACUGGAGGUGCCAGUGGGAUCUUGAUCUCAGCACCAAGGAAUCACGAUGUCCCCAGCAGAAGGUCCUGUAUAUGGUCUUCAACUGGGUGUGCUUCCUGCCCUUCUGGCUGUGGCAGCUCUUCUGCAUCUCUUGGUACAAGCAUGGAGACCGAGGUGGCACCACCUUCAUCUCUUCCUCAAGACCUGCCUGACCUACAGAAACCCUUAACCCCUUCCUCUACAUGCUGCUCUCCAAGAAUUAGAGCAAGUACCUGUGGAGCUGGCACCGGGCUGCUGUGAGGCUGCCUGACCCCAUGUGUCCUCUC